AUGCCAAGAAUUGUUGAAGCUUUGUUGGAUGGAGCCGCUGCUACUAAACGUGAGGUUGCUGUUCCAACUCUUGGUCAGGUUGUACAGAGCACAUGUUAUGUGAUAGCUCCAUAUAAUGAGUACCCACAGUUGGGCUUACUUUUAAAAUUGUUAAAUAGUGAGCUGGCAUGGUCUACAAGGAGUGAAGUUCUUAUGGUUCUUGGAAUAAUGGGUGCUCUGGAUCCUCAUGUUCAUAAGCGUAAUCAACAAAGCUUGCAAGGGCCUCUGGGUGAUGGGACCUGUGCAACCAAUGAUACGGGCCCACAUAUCCAGUCUAGUGAUGAAUUGCCAAUGGAUUUUUGGACAUCAUUUGCAACAUCAGAAGAUUAUUUCUCCACUGUUGCUAUCAGUUCUUUAAUUCGGAUACUUAGAGACCCUUAUCUUUCUAGUUAUCAUCAAAAAUUCGUUGGCUCUCUCAUGUUUAUUUUCAAGUCAAUGGGUCUUGGUUGUGUGCCUUACUUGCCAAAGGUUUUACCAGACUUCUUUCACACUAUCUGUACGUGUGAAGAUACUCUCAAGGAGUUCAUAACUUGGAAGCUUGGAACUCUUGUUUCAAUUGUGCGCCAGAUCCUGUACCUAGUUGAACAAAUUUGUAUGGCCCUGAAAGAUGAAUUCAGGAGAUAUGUUCCUAUAAUUCUUCCAUGUUGUAUUCAAGUUCUGAGGGAUGCUGAAAGGUGUAAUGAUUACACUUAUGUCGGUGAUCUUCUUUGCACUUUGGAAGUUUUUGGUGGAACAUUGGAUGAACAUAUGCAUCUACUUCUUCCUGCCCUCAUACGUUUAUUUAAAGUGGAUGCUUCUGUUGACAUAAGGCGAGCUGCUAUAAAAACCUUGAUACGAUUAAUCCCUCGUGUUCAGGUUACAGGACACAUUUCAACACUCGUGCAUCACCUGAAGCUUGUAUUGGAUGGAAAAAACAAUGAGCUAAGAAAAGAUGUUGUUGAUGCACUCUGUUGUUUGGCACAUGCACUUGGGGAGGACUUUACCAUUUUCAUCCCAUCAAUUCACAAACUUCUUAUAAAGCAUCGCUUGCGGCACAAGGAAUUUGAUCAUGAGAUUGAGGGGCGAUUACAAAGGCGUAGACCUUUAAUUGUUGCAAGUGUAGCAGCACCAAAGUCAAUCUGACAGCCUCCUGUGGAGGUUAUCAGUGAUCCUUUGAGUGAUAUGGAGAAUGAUCCUUAUGAAGAUGUUCACAAACAAC